UCCGUCCCAUCCCACUCCCAAAUGCUACUCAUCAUCCUUUCUCUAUCUCUGCUUCUACUCACCUCCGGUGAUGCUCACCGCCUCGAGCUCUCCUCCUUCCGUGAAGCUCCGGCGUUCCGAAACGGCCGGGGAUGCACAACCACCACCGCUUCCUCUCCGGCGAUCCACAUCGCCAUGACUCUCGACGCCACCUACCUCCGCGGCUCCCUCGCCGGCGUUCUCUCCGUCCUCCAACACGCUUCCUGCCCUGAAUCCAUCCACUUCCACUUCCUCGCCACUUCCCCUCGCCGCCUCCGCGCCGCCGUGCUCGCCGCCUUCCCUUCUCUCCCCUUCGCCGUCCACCGCUUCGAUCCUGCCCUAGUCCGCGGCAAGAUCUCCUCCUCCGUUCGCCGCGCUCUCGAUCAACCACUCAACUACGCUCGCAUCUACCUCGCCGAUCUCCUCCCUCGCUCCGUCCGCCGCGUCAUCUACCUCGACUCCGAUCUCGUCGUCGUCGACGACGUCGCUAAGCUCUGGGCCACGGAUCUCGGCCAUCACGUUCUCGGUGCUCCCGAGUACUGCCACGCUAACUUCACCUCAUACUUCACUGAUCGCUUCUGGUCCGAUCCCAACUACCCUAGAAUCUUCUCGAACCGGCGGCGAUCGCCGUGCUACUUCAACACAGGAGUCAUGGUGAUGGAUCUGGGGAAAUGGAGGCAAGGUGGGUACACGAGAAAGCUAGAAGAAUGGAUGGAAGUUCAGAAGAAGGAAGCGAGGAUCUACGAGCUUGGAUCAUUGCCUCCGUUCUUGCUAGUGUUCGCCGGAAGCGUCGCCGGAAUCGAGCAUCGGUGGAACCAGCACGGGCUCGGAGGGGACAAUGUGGAGGGUUUAUGCCGGGAUCUACAUCCAGGGCCGGUGAGCUUGCUCCAUUGGAGUGGGAAAGGGAAGCCAUGGUUGAGGUUGGAUGCUGGAAGGCCUUGCCCGCUUGAUGCGCUCUGGGCGCCCUACGACCUUCUCCGCCGCCAUGGCCGUGAGCUUCUCGCCGAUGGCUGAUGGAGAAGACGAUGAGGAAACGGGAAACGGGAAACGGGUUUGGGGGAUUGGAUUCGCUUUUGAUCGGCUAAUGAGUGGGGGAUGUAAGGAUGGUGGACAGCUGGUGACGGGCCGGGUAUGGGUGGGCCCGAUUUGCUUUUUAAUU